AUGGAGGCAAAGGUUCGCUCGUUCAACAACCUGCCCAGGCCAGGGAACUUGGAAGGCAUCAAAUCGUUGGGUUUUUGGUGUCUGCCAUAUCGACCUUCAUCCACCCGGCGAUCUUGUACUGGCUGUCAACCCAUAGAGUCGGGUGGAUAUCGCAAUCAGGCCGCGCCGGCUCAGAUCCUUUCAUUGUCAACGACACGGCAGCAACCCGAGGCUACCAUCCCCUUCCUUCUAGAUGCCUUCGUCAACCCUAAGCCCAUGGACAAUCCCGACAUGGCUCAAGCAAUCAAAUCCGGCCUCAAAAAGCACGGCGUGAGCCCCGCGCUUUGCAAAGUUGGCGUCUGCACCGCUGAAGAGCGGGACAUCUUGGAGGCAGCCGGCGCGAAGCUCAGCAAGUUGACAGAGUCUUUGUUGGAUAUCGAGCGAGACGCAGUUGCUCCGGGCAAUUCGACUAAGUGA